ACCUCAGCGCCUGCAGGAGGGAGGGGCCGGGUGUGAAGACGAAUCGCCCCCACCUUCAAGUCUUGGGGCGCUACGGAGCCGUGGGAAGGGGGGGAGACAUGCGUCGCUCCCCCCAGUCCAGUUUCGCUGCCACCCGCGCUGAAAGAGGAGGGACUGCGAAACCCACACCUGCAAACUCGUCCUAGAAGUCUCGGGGUGCGGCCAGGGACUCCCCAUCCCCCAGAGCCUCCCCCUCUCGGCGGGUGAGUUGGCGCAGGUGGCUUUAGCCCUUGUCCGGGGACCUGUGCCAAUGACCUUAGUAGUGGUUUCGCUUUCUCCCCUCGCGGUGUUGUGAACGUGUGUCCACAGCGCGAUGGGCAACCAGGUGGAGAAACUGACCCACCUAAGUUACAAGGAAGUUCCCACGGCCGACCCGACUGGCGUGGACCGGGACGACGGGCCCCGCAUCGGGGUAUCUUACAUUUUCUCCAAUGACGAUGAGGACAUGGAGCCGCAGCCACCGCCCCAGGGGCCCGAUGGCGGCGGGUUGCCCGAUUCCGGGGACAGGCCGCCGCUGCCCCCACCGCAACCCUACGAUCCAAGGCAGCAUGAGAUAGAGUGCUCCGUGUUCUACCGCGACGAGUGCAUCUACCAGAAGAGCUUUGCGCCGGGUUCGUCGGCGCUGAGCACCUACACACCGGAAAACCUGCUCAACAAGUGCAAUCCAGGCGAUCUAGUGGAGUUCGUGUCCCAGGCGCAGUACCCUCACUGGGCAGUGUACGUGGGUAACUUUCAGGUGGUGCAUUUGCACCGGCUGGAGGUGAGCAAUAGUUUCCUGACGGAUGCGAGCCAAGGCCGUCGCGGCCGUGUGGUCAAUGAUCUCUACCGGUACAAGCCACUGAGCCCCAGCGCCGUGGUGCGCAACGCGCUGGCGCACGUGGGCGCCAAGGAGCGCGAGCUCAGCUGGCGCAACUCAGAGAGCUUUGCCGCCUGGUGCCGCUAUGGCAAGCGCGAGUUCAAGAUUGGCGGCGAGCUGCGCAUCGGCAAGCAGCCCUACCGCUUGCAGAUUCAGCUCUCGGCCCAACGCAGCCACACGCUCGAGUUCCAGAGCCUGGAGGACCUGAUCAUGGAGAAACGGCGCAACGACCAGAUCGGACGCGCGGCAGUGCUGCAGGAGCUCGCCACGCACCUGCACCCCACAGAGCCGGAGGAGGGCGACAGCGAAGCUGCCCGGACUACGCCGCCUCCCCGGCGCCCCCCUGUGCUCGGCUCGGAGGAGGAGGAAGGAGAGGCGGUGGCACACUGACGGACAAGUUGGGCACUGAGCUACAAAAGGGAGCUGUUUGCUGCAGCCACUGCCCCCUUCCUCCUUUCCCUCCCUCUCUCCUUCACCUUCUGGGCCCCAUCUGGGAUUCCGGGGCCCUUUGGAAAAUGGAGAGUUGGUGAAAUGCGAAGCCGGCUGUGGACAGGGGAGGAGGAAGGGGACAGAGGGAGCAGGUAGGAGCUUCUUGGGAGAGCAUUUCCUGAUGGUCCUGGCAGUCUGUCUUCCUUUCCGUGGUGGGGCAAACUGUGAAUUUACUUGGCGCUUAAUCCCUGCUGCGUUUGGGUCUAAAAUCGACCCUUCAUAGCACACAGGGUUGGAGAAAAGUUCAGAGCACCGUAUCUGCCAUUUUUUCCUCUCCACCUCCCUCCCUACUCUGAUCCCAUGAGGAUGCCCUGUACAAAGGCCAGAGGGAGGCCACCGCGGGCUAGCACAGAGAGCUGCUUAUCUUCUUCUCCCCGCUGAGCUGUGCUUGAGAUCCGGCUGGCUGGGGUGAUUUAUUUUAUGAGAUUCCAGCGGCGCAGGGCUGGAGAAACCACAAGGUCUGGAAGCAGCAGACCAAGACCAAGCAGCCCUCUAUUAAGUGUAACAAAUAGUUGAGCAAACUCCAGCUAUGAAGACUUUACCACUUUCCUUCCUCUCCCCUCAAUCCCCAAGUAAUUCUUCUGGAGCUGGCUCUUAGCUGAGUCUCUUGCUCCACCCCUGCCCCCUUCCCAGGUUACCAGUAAAUCAUUGUCAAGGGCCAGCCAGGGGAAGGAUGCAAUUAAGGUGCUGUUCUGCUGCCUUUGUUUUUCGCCUGCUGGUGGAGGUACUCAAAAACCUUGGUAUUUGUUAUCAAAGGAGGGAAUAGCCCUUUGUGUGUCUGAUCUAAUUAAACCUGCUUGGCUCUGUUCAUCUGCAAGUCACAGAUGAGGUUGGCUGGUUUGUGACACCCCAUAAAGUAUCUACUAGGGAAAUAGCCAAACAGAGUUGCCUUGGCAAGAUUCAGUCAAUCUCUUCCGUCCACUCUCCUUCAGUGGUGAAGGUAACCCUUUCUAAAACAAAGCUUUUGUUGUGAUCCUAUGAUUUUUUUUUGUUUGUUUCCUCCUCCUCUCCC